UUGAAGAAUGAGGAAACUGUUUGCACUACCAGUAAUUUUUCAUAAAUGUCAUGUAUAAUAAUUUUGCAGUUAGCUGCUACUACUGAAGACGUUGAGAAGACUCAGAAUUUAUCAACUUUUGAAUGCAAGAGGUGUUUUUUUUUCCUUCUGAAGAGUUGGAAGCACUGCCUGAAAAGCUGAACUAUUGCUUGUUUUGUUUGCCUUAAUCAUUGCAACACAAAGUUGGAAAAUUCUCGUGGAGUCCUCACUUAGCUGAUUAUAUUUUUAUUCCCAUAAUACUUCCUCGUCCUAGUUUCCUUGACAACAAACAAACAUAAAAUGAGAAAGAGAUGGUAGUAGCUAGGAGAAAUCUGCUGAGAUUGCCAAACUGCUGAAGUGAGGUUUGGUGGCUCAGACAUUGCCUGAACAACUAUGAAGUGCGGGCUGCUCCUGGUUGCUGCUGUUCUUCUCUGGCCAUGUUGCUCUUCUCAAAAUGCAUGUGAAGAACCAGAGGACAUUGACUUUGGAGAAAUUGUAACCACUGAGAAAGUCAAAUAUCUGGAAAAUGACAGAGUGCAAUACAGGUGCAACCCUGCCUAUGUCUUGGAAGGACAUGAAUGGAUUCAGUGUAAGGGACAAAAAUGGACACCUCAUCCACCAAAAUGCUUGACACCCUGCAGUAUUACAAGACAACAGCUAGCAACAAAAAACUUGUUUGUGUUUGGAAGUCAAAGAAAAGCUCGGCUUAUUCAAAGUAAUCAUAGCCUGCAAUUUCAGUGCAAUGAAGGAUAUGUGCUUGUGGCUCCGUCAGUCAGAAUGUGUGUUGACGGUUACAUGGAGUUGCCUUUAUGUAUCUCUGAAAGAGGGAGAAACUGCAGUGGUCCACCCAGGAUUGAGAAUGGAGACAUUAUUACUUUAUCUGAGAAGCAGUACAGAUCUGGCUCUUCAGUAGAAUUCAGAUGCCAAAAACAUUAUGCCAUGGAUGGCCAGAACAGAUCUUUUUGUGACAAUGGGGCCUGGACAAAAGUGCCCAUUUGCCUUGAGCCCUGUGUGAUCCCCAGGGCUGAACUGGAAAGCCAGAUGAUAAAACUUAAAGAUGGAAUAGAUGUGCCUGAAAAUACAUUUGUGCAGCGUGGUCAUUCUAUUGAGCUGACCUGUAGAACAGGAUACGUUCUGCCAGUAGAUUCUUCACAAUCAGCUUCUAUAAUCCAUUGUGAUGGGACAACACCCGUGAUUCCUAAAUGCAAAGAAAUUACAUGCAAUUCUCCAAGAAUAUCAAAUGGUUCUUUCCGACCUCAAAGAACUAUAUACCACAAUGAGGAUCUAAUUCGAAUUCGGUGUGACAAUGGAUUUACUUUUAAACCAGAUAAUGGAGAAAAGGUAGUUGAAUGCACAAAAAAUGGAUGGUCACCUCCACCAAAAUGUGUCAAAAAGUCAUGUGGUCCACCCCCGGAAAUCCACAAUGCUUCAUUGCAGCAAGAAGACAGAGAAGAAUAUGAUCCUGGAGAAAUAAUAAACUAUAAAUGCAAUCGAGGAUUUUAUGCUGAAGGCAAUGCUAGCAAAACAUGUAGAAAAGGAGAAUGGAUGGGAUCGUUCACUUGUGUUGAUGUAAGAUGUUCUUCUCCCCCUCAAAUUCAAAAUGGUCGAAUUGUUAAUAUAAUAAAGGAGACGUAUUUGCCUCAGGAGAAGGUGCAGUAUCGAUGCAACCCACGUUAUGCUCUUCUUGGGUCUCCUUUCGUUAAAUGUUUGAAGAAACGUUGGUCACAAGCACCACGUUGUUCAGAUAUUGGAGGGAAAUGUGGACGCCCACCUCCUGUGGAGAAUGGAGACAUUGUGGACUCACCCAAGGCAUACUAUUUCCAAUCUGAAAGUAUAACUUAUCAGUGCCAAAAUUUCUAUACAAUGGAAGGUUCUCCCAGAGUGACUUGUCAAAAUGGUCAUUGGUCACAAACACCAACAUGUAGAGCUGCUUGUACAGUAAAUGAAGAAGAUAUGAGACAACACAAUAUAAGACUGAAGUGGAGUAAUGGGGAUAAAAUAUAUUCUGCAGAUGGAAAUAUCGUUGAAUUUGAAUGUAUAAGACGCCAUAAACUACAUCCAAAUUCUGGCACAUUAAGAGUUAAUUGUGUGAAUGGGAAAUUUGACUAUCCGCAUUGCAUUCCUAACUAAGUAAAUGAACAAGAGAACAUAUACAGCAUUGUUGAAGCAGAAGAUGAGUGUCUGAAAUCAUAUAUCAUUCUCUUUAAUAUGUUCACAUGAAGCUGGAUUGUAUAUAAUUAUAAACAGUGGAUCCAAAUCUAAAAGCCUGUUCCAUAAAAUGCAAAUUUUACCAACUGUAAUUACUGGGAAAAUGAUUAAUUUCUAGACCUUCUUUAAGCAGAUAAAAUAUUAUAAUGUAACAUUAUAUAUAACAUCCCCUAAACUCCGCUGAAGAUGUUACCUAGCCUGGUAAUGAAAUAUUCAGAUACCAACACACAAGCUCGGAGAACGAACCUCCACCCUCAUAAUGUAACAUUAUAAAUACAUUUUUUAAAUGCAUCUGGAGUGAAGAAUGUAGAUUAUUUUCUAUAUAUAUAUUUUAGCUGUAAACAUUUGAUUAAUCUGAAUUAUCAACCAGCAGCCCAUUUUAAAGCAAUGACAAUAGAUCAUUGAAAUAGAUGUUUUUACAUAUAGAGGUAUUAAGUUCUUUAAAAAAUAAAAAAAAAUCCAUAAAUGAUUUUUACUGUCACACAA